AUGUAUCGCGCCACGCGUCGACUCGCCACCGCGGCCACCGCGACCACGAAUCCCUCCGAGCUCCUUUCCGACCUGACGGUCCAUGCCAAAUAUGCCCGCUAUGUGCCAGAGCUUCGGCGUCGUGAAACGUGGCAUGAGCUGGUGGCUCGCAACGAGGCGCUGCACACGGAGCGCUUUCCGGAGCUGCGUGACGACAUCCGCCGCGCCUACCAACACGUCUAUGCCAAGCGCGUCCUGCCCUCGAUGCGGUCCCUCCAGUUUGCCGGUCCGGCCCUGGAAACAAACAACACCCGCAUGUUCAAUUGCAGCUUUGCGCCCCUCAACCACGUGGACACCUUUGGUGAACUAAUGUUCCUCCUUCUCAGCGGCUGCGGUGCCGGCUAUAGCGUGCAAGCACAUCACAUCGCUCAGCUUCCUCGUCUCUUGCGCCCCCGCACUGAUGCCCAUCGCACCUUUGUCAUCCCUGACUCAAUUGAAGGCUGGGCCGAGGGCCUACGUACUCUUCUGGAAACCUAUCUGCCCGCGUCGGGUCAGCGCCAACCCUCGGUCCGCCUCGACUACUCCCAAAUCCGCCCCAAAGGUAGUCCCCUCCGCACUGCUGGUGGUCGGGCCCCUGGCCCCGAUGUCCUGCGCUCAGCCUUUGUCGCUAUCGAGCAACGUUUGACCUCGCUCUCGGACGGCCAGCCCCUCGCCUCUAUCGACGCCCACGACAUCAUGUGCCACGCCGCCACCGCCGUGGCCUCAGGGGGCAUUCGCCGCUCCGCUCUCAUUAGUCUCUUCUCCCCGGGCGAUGAGGCCAUGCUGAGCGCCAAGAGUGGGUCCUGGUGGGAAUCCAAUAGCCAGCGCGCCAUGGCCAACAACUCCGUCGUCCUGGAACGCGAACGCCUGAGCCACGGCGAGUUUGCCGAUCUCUGGACGCAAAUUCGCGCUUCAGGAAGCGGCGAGCCUGGCGUAUACUUUACCCAUGACCGUGACUGGGGUACCAACCCCUGCUGCGAGAUUGCACUCGAGCCCUUUCAGUUUUGCAACUUGACGGAGAUCAACGCCAGCAUCGUUCGCACUCAGGCCGACCUGGACGAGUUGGCGCACACGGCUGCCUUUAUUGGUACCUUACAAGCCUCCUCCACCGAUUUUCACUUUUUGCGCCCGCAGUGGCGUGCCGUGACCGAAGCCGCCGCCCUGGUUGGCGUCAGCAUGACUGGCAUUGCCAGUGGGACAGUUUUGAACAAAGAUCUGGCCCGCGCCGCCCGUACGGCUGUCGCUGCCAAUCAACGUGCAGCUGCACAGAUUGGCAUCCAGUCGGCAGCUCGCGUCACCACGGUCAAACCGGCAGGAACCACGAGCCUUGUCCUGGGCACCUCAAGCGGCGUGCACGCGUGGCAUAGUCCCUAUUAUCUGCGUCGCGUUCGAGUCAACAAAUCCGAGGCCAUAUACUACUAUCUCCAGGCCACCAACCCCGGCCUGCUGGAAGACGAUCAAAUGGCGCCCGAAACUACCGCCGUCAUUGCCUUUCCUCAAAAGGCGCCCAGCAAUGCCCUUCUUCGCUCCGAGUCAGCCCUCGACCUCUUGCACCGUGUGCAAAAGCUUCACCAACACUGGAUCCUUCCCGGUCACGCCUGGGGCGCCAACACCAAUAACGUCUCCACCACCGUCUCAGUCAAGCCGCACGAGUGGGAGGCCGUGGGCAACUGGAUGUGGGAGAAUCGCGGCGCCUACAAUGGCCUGUGUGUCCUCCCGUUUGACGACCAUACUUAUGUGCAAGCGCCAUUUGAAGAGUGCGAUCAAGCGACCUUUGAGCGGCUCUUGCCGCAAGUCAAGAGCCUCGACUUCUCGCAGGUCGUUGAGGACGAGGACGAUACAGCCUUUCACAUGGCUCCGGCCUGCGCCGGCCAGCAAUGCGAAAUUGCACCCUAA